GCAGGGAGGGAGGGAGUAAAAAAAGGCAAAAGUCUUUGUGCUUCCCUUCCCCCUCAUCAAAGCAAAGGGGAAAUGUCUCUGUCUAAAGGAGGGAAGAAGAAGAACCCUGGGCUGAAGCUGGCCAAAGAAGUGUUUGCACAGCCGCCACAAGCAGCACCAGCGCCCCCUCGAGAUCUUGACUCGAAAGCUUGCGUCACAAUUGGAGAUCAGAACUUCGUGGUGAAGGCCGAUGACUUGGAGCAGAUUGAAGAGCUGGGCAGGGGAGCGUACGGGGUGGUGGACAAGAUGAAACAUGUGCCCAGUGGUGUUAUCAUGGCUGUCAAGAGGAUUCGUGCCACCGUCAACACUCUGGAGCAGAAGAGGCUUCUGAUGGACUUGGACAUUUCCAUGAGGACAGUGGAUUGCUUCUUCACUGUGACCUUCUAUGGCGCCCUCUUCAGAGAGGGGGAUGUUUGGAUCUGUAUGGAGCUGAUGGACACGUCUCUAGAUAAAUUCUAUAAGAAGGUUAUUGAGAAGGGCAAAGACUUCCCGGAGGACAUCUUGGGCAAGAUCACAGUAGCAAUCGUCAAGGCAUUAGAGCAUCUGCACAGUAACCUGUCGGUGAUACACAGAGAUGUGAAGCCCUCCAAUGUUCUGAUCAACACUCAGGGCCAAGUGAAAAUGUGUGACUUUGGCAUCAGUGGCCACCUGGUGGACUCUGUGGCCAAAACAAUGGAUGCAGGCUGCAAGCCCUACAUGGCGCGGAUCAACCCCGACCUCAACCAGAAAGGCUACAGUGUCAAGUCAGACAUAUGGAGUCUUGGUAUCACGAUGAUUGAACUGGCCAUUUUGAAAUUCCCCUACGACUCAUGGGGAACCCCGUUCCAGCAGCUCAAACAGGUGGUGGACGAGCCGUCUCCACAGUUGCCCGUCGACAGUUUCUCCCCAGAGAUGGUAGACUUCAUCUCCCAGUGCUUAAGAAAGAAGCCAAAUGAGAGACCAGCUUAUACAGAAUUAAUGCAACACCCUUUUUUCACCGUGCAUGACUCCAAAGACACAGACGUGGCCAGUUUUGUCAAGGUCAUCCUGGAUGACUGACUGGCUCCCUCUCCGGGCCCCAGCCCAUCGGGUCAGGCGGGACCUCUCGGCAAACAAACCAAAGGCCUACCUAUAUUCUUUUUUUUUUUUCUUUUCUUUUUUACUCACUGGAAUGACAGACUCUCAUGCCCCCCCGACACACACACACACACACACACACACACACACACACACACACACACACACACACACACACACACACACACACAACAGGGGGGUGGCCCAAAGACUGACAGCAGCCCAGCAGCACUGGAGAGAGAGAGAGAGGGAGGGAGGGAGAGAGUGGCAGUAAUAUGAACUCGUACGGUCAAAAACCAACUGGAGAGGUUUAAUUCGCUCCUCCAAGCUUCCUGUGACGCCAUUAUUCAACAUGACAAAUAUGAACUGAACCAGAUUUUUUUUGUUUUUUUGUCUUGCUCUUUUGUUUUUGUUUUUCCCGCCCCACUGCCCAUUUGUAUCUCUCUCUACAGAACGGACAGAGCCAGCCAUUAUUUCUUUUGUGAAAAAUAUUGUAUGAAUACUUUGAAUUUCAUCUGCAAAAAGCAACAGUUAAUGUGUAUGUUGUUGUGUAUUGGUCAGUGCAGUGAAAGAUAUCUACGGUCACUUUCUGAACGGGAGGCAUUGCAAGUUAUCUCUAGAUCUCUUGGCGGCGUGAGGCGGGAAUGUAAAGCGUCCUGUUUCAUCUGAUCCGAGCUGCGGCCCUUCAUGCAGUGACCCCUCUGUACUCGUCUUUUAGUUUUUUUUGGUUAUUAACGAGUCGGCUUCAGUGCUGCCAUUGUUACUACCUGGAGGUAUUCAGGGGUUGCCUAAUCAAGCUCCCAGCUGUAUCUCUUUCUGUGUGCCAUUUUGCAAAUCGUUCUCAUGAAUUACUGCAUUAAUUGUGUAUUAUUAUUAUUAUUAUUUUUAUUUUUUUUCUCUUUGGACUUGUUCUGGGCUGCAUUUUGGUUUUUAUUUCAGCAGCAUUUAAACUCAUCGCUUUGCCUACCGUUCUCAAUUCUGGAGUCAGCAGUCUUUUCAUAUGAGGCUCUUAUGUUUUUUUUUUUGUUUUUUUUUCAGAGACAUUAUUAUGCAUUACACAGACAGUAUGUUAGGGGAAUAAUUUAUGUGUUGAAGAUGUAAAUACUAUUUCCUUUUUUAAUGUAACAUGGCACUGUCCUUUACCUGGCAGUGCAGAUGAGUGGUAGCGUGGUUGGUAGUAGUCAGUUUUAAUGCAGUGUGACACGCAUACACAAACACUCGUUCUCACAGGGCCAGCUGACUUAUCUUACACUUAUUUUUCGGACUGAUGUGCUGUCAGGCUCAACCCGCUCAGGUUUCUGUGCUCUCCUUCAUGCGGAGCCGGCCCCAUUUUAAUUUUUCCCCAGGUCGUACUCUCCUUGAGUGCCGGAUCGAGAGCCUCUUUUCAGUCCAUGGUGGGCAGCCAUUAUCUCUUCUGUCUGACCAUACUAUGCAGAGCUCCUUCGCCUUGGGACACACGGCAAGAGGCCCUUGUCAUGUGGCAGUUUCCCCACUUCAAGUGUUCAGAGACUGUGAUGGUAAUGAUGGCGAUGAUGACGGCCGUGCCUCUGUUCGUGGCUAGCGCUCAUCGCCUCUCUGGUUUACACUGUAGUGCAACCUUUAUCAAAAGUCAGUGAGUUAGGAGUAUUUAUGAUUGUGAAUAAUAAGGGAAAGCUAGCAACGCCACAAAGAAGCUGCUAUUUUAUUUCUUUUUUCAUUUUGUUUUUCUUUAUAGUCGGCCUUCUUUGGACGGCCAUUCCCUUGGUGUGUAAAAGUGAGUUUUUACGCUGAUCACAAUGAGAAUGGAACACUUGCUCUACCUCUUACUCCUUCACUCUAUUUGCCGCCUUUUCAUUGGGUGGGACUGACAAACUUGAACUAUGGAAAGACAAAAAAUAAAGGCUUUAUUGUUCAGUA